GGAAGCAUUUACUGCACAGGUGAAAGUUGUUGCUGUUGAUGCAAAGCUGAAUGUCUUUUAUGAAGACAGUGUGCAUUUUGACAGAGACCUUCCAGAAUUUGGGACUCAGGGCGGUGUUCAUGUGCACCAGGAUGGGGUGACGGUCACUUCUCCAGUCCUGAUGUGGGUCCAGGCUCUAGACAUCAUCUUGGAGAAGAUGAAGGCUUCAGGCUUCGACUUCUCUCAAGUCCUAGCCUUGUCCGGGGCAGGCCAGCAACAUGGGAGUAUAUACUGGAAGGCCGGGGCCAGUCGGGUGCUGACAAGCCUAUCACCAGACCUUCCACUACACCAGCAGCUGCAGGCCUGUUUCUCCAUCAGCGACUGCCCAGUGUGGAUGGACUCCAGCACCACCACCCAGUGCCGCCGGCUGGAGGCUGCCAUAGGCGGGGCCCAGGCUCUCAGCUGCCUCACAGGGUCUCGCGCCUAUGAGCGUUUUACAGGAAACCAAAUCGCAAAGAUUUACCAGCAGAACACCGAGGCCUACUCACACACGGAGAGAAUUUCUUUGGUCAGUAGCUUUGCUGCUUCCCUGUUCCUUGGCGCAUACUCCCCGAUUGACUACAGUGAUGGUUCUGGAAUGAAUUUGUUGCAGAUACAGGACAAAGUCUGGUCCCAGGCUUGCCUUGGUGCCUGUGCCCCUCAUUUAGAGGAGAAGCUUGGCCCCCCAGUACCGUCAUGCUCAGUGGUGGGAGCUGUUUCUUCCUACCACGUCCAGCGCUAUGGAUUUCCUCCAGGAUGCAAAGUGGUGGCCUUUACUGGGGAUAACCCAGCAUCGCUGGCAGGCAUGAGGCUGGAGGAAGGUGACAUUGCGGUCAGCCUGGGCACCAGCGACACCCUGUUCCUGUGGCUCCAGGAGCCCACACCUGCCCUGGAAGGCCAUAUCUUCUGCAGCCCGGUUGACGCCCAGCACUACAUGGCACUACUGUGCUUUAAAAAUGGCUCCCUCAUGAGAGAGAAGAUCCGCGAUGAGUGUGCUUCCUGUUCCUGGAGCCAGUUCUCGAAGGCACUGCGGUCCACAGAGAUGGGGAACGGCGGAAACCUGGGUUUUUAUUUUGAUGUAAUGGAGAUCACCCCUGAGAUUAUUGGGCGUCAUAGGUUUAAUGCAGAAAACCACAGGGUCUCAGCAUUCCCCAAGGACGUGGAGGUUCGAGCACUGAUCGAAGGACAAUUCAUGGCCAAGAGGAUUCACGCAGAAGGCCUGGGCUAUCGAGUCAUGCCCAAGACAAAGAUUUUGGCCACUGGAGGAGCGUCCCACAAUAGAGACAUCUUACAGGUGCUUGCAGAUGUGUUUGGUGCCCCCGUGUAUGUCAUAGACACAGCCAACUCAGCUUGUGUGGGCUCUGCAUACCGAGCUUUUCAUGGCCUUGCAGGUGGGACAGAUGUGCCCUUUUCAGAGGUUGUGAAGUUAGCCUCAAAUCCCACACUAGCUGCUACCCCAAGCCCGGGAGCUUCUCAGGUCUACGAGGCCCUCCUACCCCAGUACGCCAAACUGGAGCAGAGACUCUUGUCCCAGGCCCAGGAGCCUCCAGAGUGAAUGCUACAGGUCCAGGCACCCCUGUUGCUCCUGCCUGCCCGACCCACUGGUCCCCCUUGAGACAUGGCUCCGGACAGCAGGGAUCCUCUUCCCUGUUUUGGGCAGCUCUGCCUGCCCAUGCUGACUCCUUGGAGUGCUCCAGCCCUGUCCAGGGCCACCUUGAAGCCAGCCUCAGCAUAUCUUCCUGAAGAUAGAUGGGCCCUUGAGCCCCAGGGCAGGAAAGCGUCUCUCCUUUUCUUUUAUUCUAGGAGGCAGGAUAACACUGAGUCUGGGAUAUGUCCAAUAAAAACUAUGAUUUUCCCCUUGCAAAGGCAGAAUUAAAGCUAAUCUAGGGACCUAAAUCAGCAGAGUGGGGGAGGCAAAACUGCUCCCUACCCCCUAACUUCAGCCUAUCCCUGUCUUCAGCCCUGACUCUCUGCCCACUCCUCCCCAAACCAUGACCCAUAGCCAGCUUCACUCCUUACCUUGACCCUGAUGUCCAUCCUCUCCCCCAGCCCAGACCCCACAGCCUUUGCUCUCCCACCCCUUUACGCUCCCAGCAACUCCCACCCUCCUUGGCUCAGCUGUCUGAGGUGCCUCCCUGGGCCCUCUUGUCUGCCCCAUUCUCAGCUCUCCAUGCUGCCCCCUUCUCUCCUUCAGCAUCUGCUCUCGCUCUCUCCUUGA